GCUUGUUGUUGUCCGGCUUGGGGAGGCAGAGGUCGUUCGCUCGCUUGCUCGGGCCCUCUGUGGCGGUCGGCGGACAGGUCGGUCGCGAUAGUAGGGCGCCGUGCCGGGGCGAGGCUAUGUCGCGGUGGCAAUCCGCAGGGGCCGGCAGGGCCGGGAGUAACGGGACGUCGCCGCGGAGCUUCUUCCCCCGGAUACAGCGCGGCCCAAGCGGAGGCCGCGGCGCCUCCGCCCGUUCUUGAGGAGCCCGCGCCGCGCAAGGCCCACCCCGCCUUCUCAGCCGCACCGACGCCCAUCGACCUGACCCUGCCGAGUCUGGCCCGGCCCGAUUGAGCGCGGCGCGAGCAGAAAGCCGUCUGUAGAACAGGGAAGAGCGCCGCGUCCAGGUGACGGCAGAGCCGAGCCCCAGAUGUCCUGGUUCCUUGGUGGGAUGGAGAGUGUUGAGGGAGAGACUAACCCAGCGUCAUCGGGGUUAGCAAGAUCCCCGUGCUGAAGGGCUGGAAGCAGGCUGCAGGAGAGACCCAAGUUGUUUACAGCAGCACCUUUUACUGCGAGGAGGGCUGAAAGUGGAACCCCACGGGCCAGGUUCCCAUGGACUGAUCUCCGUCCUCAGGCAGCACUAACCCCUGGAGCACAGACCCCUCCCCGAGGACAUGAAGCUGCUGGAGAACUCCAGCUUCGAGGCCAUCAACUCGCAGCUGACCGUGGAGACGGGAGAUGCACACAUCAUUGGCAGGAUUGAGAGCUACUCGUGUAAGAUGGCGGGUGACGACAAGCACAUGUUCAAGCAGUUCUGCCAGGAGGGCCAGCCACACGUGCUGGAGGCUCUGUCCCCACCCCAGACCUCGGGCCUCAGCCCCAGCAGACUGAGUAAGAGCCAAGGUGGCGAGGAUGAGGGCCCCCUCAGCGACAAGUGCAGCCGCAAGACCCUCUUCUACCUGAUCGCUACGCUCAACGAGUCCUUCCGGCCGGACUACGACUUCAGCACUGCCCGCAGCCAUGAGUUCAGCCGGGAGCCCAGCCUCAGCUGGGUGGUGAACGCGGUCAACUGCAGCCUGUUCUCAGCUGUCCGGGAGGACUUCAAGGCCCUGAAGCCACAACUGUGGAACGCGGUGGAUGAGGAGAUUUGCCUGGCUGAAUGCGACAUCUACAGCUACAACCCAGACUUGGACUCAGACCCUUUUGGGGAAGAUGGCAGCCUCUGGUCCUUCAAUUACUUCUUCUACAACAAGCGGCUGAAACGGAUUGUUUUCUUCAGCUGCCGCUCUAUCAGUGGAUCCACCUACACUCCCUCGGAGGCAGGCAACGAACUGGACAUGGAGCUCGGGGAGGAAGAAGAGGAGGAGGAGGAAGAGAGUGGAGGUGGAGGUAGCGAGGGUGGGCCUGAGGAGCCUGGAACCAUGGAAGAGGACAGGGUCCCGGUGAUCUGUAUGUGAAGAGGAGAAACAGAGGCCCUAGCUUCACCCAGCUUCGAACAGUGCCUGGACCUGCCCACCUGAGGGCCCAGGUCCCGGCGCUGCCACAGCACCAGCCCACCCCAGGCCAUGCCUGCCUAGCCUGUGGCUGUCCACUCACCCCCACAGGCUGCUGCUGCCCACACUGUGGCUGGACUAGACAGCACAGGGCCUGGUGGGAAGAGCCACUGCCCUGCUCACACGAACUGACACAGGCAGGGGCAGCUGGACCGCAGAGUUUAUUUUUGUAUUUUGUGUGGGCUCAGGCCUGGGCCUUCACACUCCAGCCUAAAGGGCCGGAGACCCAGCAAGUGGUCCCAGGGGUCAUCUGCCCACUUGUACCCCCCACCUUGCCCACUGGGCAGCGUGCACUGAGUGUCACUUUGCUGCAGCUGGUUUGUUUCCAAUAAAAGUUUCUGUGAAUUAGCGUGGA